AUGAGCACUCUGCUUGCCACCGAUAGGGAUGACCUGCUACGCCCUCACUCGCUACAACCGCGCUUCAUCGAACCCGACGACCCAUACAACGAGCCCAUGUCUGAUUACUUUGGAGACGCCGAAUUCUCGUCCACGGCUACCUCCAAACUCAACUUCCGUCCCGCUCUGGUCUCGCCGGUAUACACUCCCACGCUGAGCAGCUUGUCAUCAGAAGUGACGUCCGAUGGGGAGGGCGAUGAGUUAACCUUGCCCGCGUUUGACGCAGAGUACGCCGCCGAGGAACCAGAAGAAGACAGCGGGCUAUCGACACCAAAAACGACACAGACAGCAGCGCCCGCAAAUAUACCGGAUCCGUUGCUGCGAACGUCGAGUGAUGAUGCGUCGAUAGAGCCGGAACCCGAACGACAUGUCGAUUACCUGUCGCAUGACUGGAGGGAAGAAGAUAUCUGGACGUCGUGGAGGUAUGUUGUGGCUCGAAAGGAUCGAUAUAGCAACGGAGUCAGAUUAGAGAAUGCUUCAUGGCGGACGUGGGCCAAAGCCAAGUAUGGACUGCGGACGGUUUCGCCCGAGACGUUGAAUUGGUUAAAAGACUGCGAUGUGACGUGGUUAUACGGCCCUUUGCAGACUGACUUUAAGCCAAACCAGAAACCUCCACCGCCAAGUGGAUUGUCAUCGUCAAAUUCGUUCUUGGACCGGAAGUCCAUUUUGAAAAAGAAAACUGCUUCUGAAGCUAUCUUGCAACGAUCGUUAUCGCAACAUACUCUACUAAAACAUGCCGGUGCUAUAUUGCAAGCACAAAAAGCGGAAAACUACUCACGAGGGAAACCAGCAUUCGGGCGAGCCACGUCCGAUAUGGGCGUUCCCUUGGCCCGGAUUCUGGAAUACCCAUACACAUCAUCAUCAAACCAUUGCACACCGUCCGAGUCAGCCGAAUCAGCAUCGUCAGGUCUAGUCUCACCGAGUGAAAAGCGUCAUAUCCAUUUUAACAACGAAGUGGUGCAAUGCAUUGCAGUUGAAGCCAAGGAGUACGAAGAACGCGAUGUUGAUCCCUCAGUGUUUUUCCUUGGGGAAGAGUACGACAAUGACUACGACGAGUAUGGCGAGGACGAUUACGACCACAACAGAUAUUACAACGAUGACAAUGACGACACAGAGUCGGACGAAGGAAUUGUCAUGAUGAAGCAGGUUAUUUCUCGCACAUCGCCAGCGGGAACGACGACGACGACGACGUCUACGUCAGUGUCAUCGCGCAGUACACCGAGGAGUAGUACGAGCAGCGAGAGCAAGACCAUUGCGCCUUUGCCACCGACGACGCUAAAGUGUCGUUCGGACACGCCUGAAUUACCGUGGAGUGUGAGUCAGGACGACACACGCAGUAAACUGUCGCCGACGCCGUCGAUAGAGACGCUCCGGCCACCAAGACCAGAAGCUAAUUUCUUGCUUGACGACGAAGAUGAGCAAGGAUCAUACUUUACCUUCAAGACACAACCACGACGACACACAUAUAAUCCCAACAAUCGACCCUGGUUCGUCAAUCCUGAAGAUCGCCAGGAACUAGAGUUCAACGAUGGCGAUGACAGCAGCAGUCCCGGAAAUCUACACCUGACGCCCUCUGGCAUGUUUAUGCCGUACGAAGAAGGCGAGGACGCCUCGUAUACAGGCAUGUUUGGCCGCAUAGUCGAUACCGUCAACACAGCCCGGGACAUUGCACAUGUCAUAUGGAAUGUCGGCUGGAGGAAGUAA